CUAGUAACACUAUGAUCAAGAGGAUGCUAAGGAAUGAGGAUAUGAGUCUAACUGCCUGUGUAACUCUAGAUUUGGUGUCCAUAUUGAGGACCAGAUCAAGCACGAAGGAUUUGGCCUCCCUGACUUUAGCCCCUACCAGUUUACGCUGUGACAUCUUAGCAUUUGUCAUAGUAUCUGCUUCCUUCAUCCUCAUUCUAACGUACUAAAUUUAAAUCUGAGCAUCUCUCCCAUCAAAAGAUCUGCUCCUAGUAGAAAUCCGAGUUUCCAUGGUGAUCCCGCAAUCUGCCCCGUGCAAAACCAGAAGGAGAAAAGAAAAAUUGUAAACAACAAACAGGAGCGCGCGUUCAAUCAACAAGUCAACUCAAAGCUAUCUGAGCUCCGUAUCCCUCUCAAUUCACAAGAACCAAGAGUGAUUUUUUGCUGAAGGUAAUCAACAAAAGCAUGGCAACUACUAAGCCAAAGUUUGCUGGGUGGAGUUUCUCGUUCGACGAGCCUCAAGCCGCUGAUAAAGGUUCAAGAAGAUCUAGAAGAUCUGGUGCUAGUGAUUCCAAAUUAAUCUUAAGAAGAGAUGAAGAUGGGUUGGAAAUCAAAGGUGGUGAUUCUAUUUUGGUGAACGACCCUGAUGGUGGAUUGCCAUUGGUCUGUUUGGUUAGAGAUGCUCAAAUGGGGACUGAUGACUAUAUUGUGCUUAGAGGGUUGAACUAUCUUAGAAGAAAUGAAGUUGAAAAUGCACCUAAAGAAACCAUUCCCCAAGAAUUGUUCCUAACUGGUGUUGAUGAUAGGCUUUAUGUUGAAGAUAUUAUUGAGAAGGCUAAUGUUUUGAACCUAGAGGAAUUCAACAGUAUCGUUAUUGAUGAUUCCAACCAGGACAAUACAUUUUUAUGCCGCAGAGGUUAUGACACAUAUUACAAAAUCUAUAGUGAUUAUGUGGAUAUAAAAACAAUUCAAAAGGGUAUGAUCAAAGAUGAGGCCAAUGAAGUCGAGAUUUUGAGAAAUUCUUUUGUUAAAUCUCUAUAUAAAGAGAAAAAAGCACUUUCAGCUUCACCAAAAAAGGAACCAUCACCAAAGAAAGAGACAAGGCCUAGACCUGUGACGAAACAUCCAAAACCAUCUACUAGAAAGUAUGGAGAGACUCCAACUAAAAACGAAGCAAGAAGAGGAAGAUUAAAAGAACAUGUUGUGUCAGACUUUGAGGAUGAUGAUAAGGAUGAUGAGGAUGAUGAUGUGUUGGAACAAAUUGAACCUUUUACGAGCCAUAAAGAUAAUACUUCAUCCAGUAGCGAUGAAGAAGAAAGUGAAAGUGAGAGUGAAGAGGAUUUAUUUUCUGAUGAUGAUGAAUUCAGACCAAACAAAAGAAAAAGAGGUCCAUCAGGCGCUAAGUAUCAAUCUAAGCAAAAGAAGAAGCAGAAAAAGGUAAACAUUGGUCCAGCUUCAUUAGCUAAAUUACAACAAGCUCAGGGUGUUGAUCAAGCAAAAAAUGGUGACCAACCAGCCUUACAAAAAUUCAAAUCUAGCCUUGAAGCCUCUGCUGAAGCUUCUAAAAGAUCACUACCGUGCCGUGAAGAACAAUUUGAUCAAUUAUAUUUAAGUAUUGAAGCUGCUAUUCAAUCUGAAACUGGUACUUGUGUUUACAUCAGUGGUACGCCAGGUACUGGGAAAACAGCUACUGUUCGUGAAGUCAUUAGACAACUUUCUAAACAAUUCAAUAAAAAUGGUGAGAACAAAUUCAACUACUUGGAAAUCAACGGUAUGAAACUAUUGUCUCCACAAUCAUCUUUUGAAUUACUAUGGAAAAAAUUAAAUGGUGAAAAAGUUACAGCUUCCAAUAUUCAAAAAGAAUUGGACACUUAUUUUGCUGAAGGUAAAACUGAAAGACCAUUAGUUGUUUUGAUGGAUGAAUUGGAUCAAAUUGCUACUAAAAAUCAAAACGUUAUGUACAACUUUUUCAAUUGGCCAACAUAUGAAAAAUCAAAAUUGAUUGUUAUUGCAGUUGCAAAUACUAUGGAUUUACCAGAACGUGUUUUAACAAACAAAGUAUCAUCAAGAUUGGGUUUAUCAAGAAUACAAUUCCCUGGUUAUACACAUGAAGAUUUGAAACAAAUCAUUCAAGCAAGAUUAGAAGUGUUUGAUGAUUCAGAUAUUGUCUUGACAAAGGAUGCUAUUGAAUUUGCAGCUAGAAAAGUUGCAAGUGUUAGUGGUGAUGCUAGACGUGCUUUAAAAAUAUGUCGUCGUGCUGUGGAGAUAGCUGAAGCUGAUUAUCAUUCUGCUGGUAGACCAUCUGGUAAUUCUGAUAAACUAAAUGUUCAAAUUUUACAUAUCAAUAAGGCAGUAAACGAAAUCACUAAUUCUCCUGUGUCCAAAUACAUCACUGAUCUAUCAUUUGUUGGUAAAUUAUUAUUAAUUUCAAUUUUAACAAGAAAGAGAAAAUCCGGCUUAGCUGAAAAUUCAUUGGGUGAUGUCAUUGAUGAAGUUAAACAAAUUGUUACUAUGAAUUCUGCAAAGGAUAAAUCUAAAUUUAUCAUUGAAGGUAAAACCAUUUUGAACAUUUUGUAUGAUGAUUUUAUUAUUAGACCAAAAGGUUUUGCUUAUGUUUUGAAUGAAUUGAUUGAUGCCGGGAUUGUUCUUCAGCAGGAUUUGAAAUCUGAAAGACAAUCACUGAUUAAGUUGAACAUUGCUGAUGAAGAAAUCACCUCAGUUUUUAAAAAGGAAAAAUCACUACAAUACUUUAUAGAUCUUGUGACAUCUGAAUUAGAAAUUGAAUAUUGUGGCUAACUCACUAGGUAUUUGC